AUGGCUCGGAAACGGCACCCCGCCAACGAGGGGGCAACGGACCCGGUGGUCGAAAAGCCCCGCAAUCGUGGGAAGGAAGAGCCGCAGAAGGGAGCUGAAGGGAAUUCUGGAAAACGGGCCCAGCGCGAAGGGUACGAGCGAACGCCCCGGCACCGCUACACGACGAUGAACAGUGGAGAUCAGGGACGCCCACAGACACUCAAUCCUGCCAGUCAUCUGGAGAGGGAACUGCUGGGAAGGCGUCGUGAUGGUGUAAAUCGUCGCGAGGCGCGUCAAACGCUGCUCCACCAGUUGAUCUGGACCGACCCGGAUACGGUGAAGAAGAUGGGCGAUGGCAAAUGGGCCGUACUCGUCGCGUCCACCGAGACCCAUGGCGCCACCCCGCGUCAGAUCUGGGGUCGUACCUUCGAGAACGGGCAGGUCGUCGAGCAGGUGGUGAUCGUUGUGCAGCGAGGAGAUGCUGAUACCCCAAUACCAACACGGGAACAGCUCAACGACGGGGAACUGCCGACGCAGGUCAUCUACUGGGAGCCGACCGCCAUCAACGACAUCAAUACGACUUGUGCCACGAUUGCCAAGUUCAGCGCGUCGUGCUGGAAGGAGAUGCUCCUCGUGCCGGCCUGCCAGCUGCAGCUCUUCACCGAUUUCUUCCACUGGAUGAAGGAGACGCGCGACAACCUCUAUCGUCGUGACACCCAGUCGAUCCGUCUCGAUCGUCUGAUGUGCAUCGAGGACGUCGUGCAGGUCAUCGGGGAUUCGGCUAAUGGCAGGACGACCGAGCAGAAGGAGACUACGGUAGCCGGCGUCCCGAUCAACCCGAACACCCGCCUCUUUAUGGCCAAUGCUUGCGAUUUCGCGAUCCGCUCCCUCCGUGCCGCGUCGAUAGGUGUGCUGUUGAUCGGGCCGGAGGACGGGGACGUCGUGUGCGAGCAGGACAACCAUCAACGCCACCCACCACCACCCCACGGACCUCCCGGGUUUCCGCGCAUCCAGCCACCAUUCGGGAACCCGUUCAUGCAAAUGCCGAUGGCCGACGGCGGAGAAUAUCAUGGAAAUGACGACGGGGCAGCCAUCGAGGAACACGGCACGUCGGCGGAGGUGCUGCGUGCGGUGUCGGCUUGGUUGGACGCGAACGACACGAUUGGUGCCGAGAUCGAGGACAUGACGCCAUUUCCGGAAGUCGAAAACCCGAUCCAUGCCCUGCUGGGGCGCCCCCUGGUGGAGUACUCGAUCCCGUACCUGUCGGGCCUG